AUGCCGGGCCUCAGCAGGGCCGCCCUGUACAGCCGCCUCCAGGAGUUCCUGCUCAGCCAGGACCAGCUCAAGGAGAACGGCUACCCCUUCCCGCACCCCGAGCGGCCCGGAGGCGCCGUCCUCUUCACUGGCCAGGGGAAGGGGCCCGGCGACUCCUCCUGCAGGGUCUGCUGCCGUUGUGGCACCGAGUACCUGGUGUCCUCCUCGGGCCGCUGUGUACGCGACCAGUUGUGUUAUUAUCACUGGGGGCGGGUCCGCUCGAGCCAGGUGGCUGGAGGCCGGGUUAGCCAGUACACCUGCUGUGCAGCUGCUCCUGGCUCUGUGGGCUGCCAGGUGGCAAAGCAGCACGUGCGGGACGGCCGCAAGGACAGCCUCGAUGGCUUCGUGGAGACCUUCAAGAAAGAGUUGUCCAGAGACGCUUAUCCAGGAAUCUACGCCUUGGACUGUGAGAUGUGCUACACCACGCAUGGCCUAGAGCUGACCCGCGUCACCGUGGUGGACGCCGACAUGCGAGUGGUGUACGACACCUUCGUCAAGCCCGACAACGAGAUCGUGGACUACAACACCAGGUUUUCCGGAGUCACCGAGGCCGACGUCGCCAAGACGAGCAUCACCUUGCCCCAAGUGCAAGCCAUCCUGCUGAGCUUUUUCAGCGCCCAAACCAUCCUCAUCGGGCACAGCCUGGAGAGCGAUCUGCUGGCCCUGAAGCUCAUCCACAGCACCGUGCUGGACACGGCCGUGCUCUUCCCGCACUACCUGGGUUUCCCCUACAAGCGUUCCCUCAGGAAUCUCGCGGCCGACUACCUGGGACAGAUCAUCCAGGACAGCCAGGACGGCCACAACUCCAGCGAGGACGCAAACGCCUGCCUGCAGCUGGUGAUGUGGAAGGUCCGACAGCGUGCCCAGAUCCAGCCACGCCACCGGUCCGCCUCUCCCGCCGCCCUGGCC